AUGCAACAAAGAAAGUGGGUCAGUCAAGAGCUCAGGGAAACGGCAACAUAGACAACAGGAGAGACUUGCCGACUAGCUGAUAAGAAGACCAGUGAGGUAGGAGCACUGUACUGCCAGUCUCCCAUCAGAGCUUUACACACCGACCAUGACCUCUCCCGAGUACAUCUGCUACCACGACCUUCUCCUGCCACCUGAGGCUCACUCACUGGAGAGCCUGGAGUUUGCUCAAAAGUUCUCUGUCAACGACACUGAUGUGUUUGCUGUGACUUACCCCAAAUCAGGUACGGUCUGGAUGCAGGAGAUCCUACCACUGGUGCUGAAUGGUGGCGAUCUGACACCAAUCCAAACCAUUCCUAACUGGGACCGGGUUCCCUGGCUGGAGGAGAAAAGAUUAGCGGUAGUUGUGGAUCAGCUGACAUCUCCACGAGCGUUGGUCACCCAUUUACCCUACCACCUUAUGCCCCCGUCCUUUCUCAAGUCCAAGGCCAAGGUGAUCAAUGUCUUAAGGAACCCAAAGGAUGUCAUGGUUUCGUCAUACUACUUUCACCAGAUGGCCGCAUUCCUCGAAGAUCCAGGAACUUUUGAUGAGUUCAUGGAGAAAUUCCUGACAGGCAAAGUGAUGUUUGGAAAAUGGACAGAUCAUGUGAAGAGCUGGAGACACACAGCGCUUGGAGACAGAAUAAUGUACAUCACAUAUGAAGACAUGGUUCAGGACCUGCCCGCAGCUCUCAGACGAAUUUCAGAUUUCCUUGGCUGUAACCUGAACGAUGAAACUAUUCAGAAGAUAGCCGAGCAUUGCUCUUUGAAGAGCAUGAAGGCCAACAACAUGUCCAACUUCAGCCUGGUCCCGAAGCAGUACAUGGACGCAACCAAAUCUCCUUUCUUGAGGAAAGGUGUUCCUGGAGACUGGAAAAACCAUUUCACCUCGGAGCAACUCGCCCGAUUCACAUCCGUCAUUCGCAAAGAGAUGGAGGGUGAGAGCUUCUCUCUGCCGUGGAGUCUGGACUGACCAACAACCAGAGGAAAUACAGAGAGGCUGAAAGAUGGUGGUAACCUGGUGCUAAUUGAAUCAAUAUCUGUGAAACUUUAAAGGUCCAGUGUACAAGAAUUACCCCCUCUUAUAAGUGUGUCAGGAAACUACGGUGUUGUUUGGGCUGCUGUAGAAAAUUGUGUCGGCCACAGGACUAUGUCCUUGCCUUAAGUUCCUAUAAAAGGCUUAUAAUAAAGCUACGGAAAUCAAUUAUGCGCUUAUGCAAAGAUACGUUCUCCCUUCUAAAUGUUACACACUGGACCUUUAAGCAUAUACAUACAAAGCACUUAAAUUUUCUAAUCUUUGCGCACACACCAAUCAGUGAGAGUGAAUUUACCCUGUGCACAUAACCCGUCUUUACACAAACCAUUUGGGAAUAAAUAAACGUAGCACACACGUCUGUGCUUGUGAGCAAUGGGGGUUGGGUACCUUGAUCAUGGACAAUUCAGCCCUUGAUGUGUCCUUGGAUUUGAACCAGCAAUCCUCCUGUUACAUUCCUUUUUACACAGACACCUUCAUCCGGAGACCAGAAGUCCCUUUUGUUUUGGAAGGAGAGUGUGACCUUCAGUCUGGUGCCUUAGAUCACUCAGCCUUUUCUAACAUACAAGACAUCCUCAAAGCCAGUUAGCAAGUCGAGGCAUUAACACAUUAUGUAUUAAUACAUAAAAUGUAAACAAUAUUCAGAUCAUUAGAGGUAUUGAUUAGAUACUGUUUAAUAUUUGUUUACCCCGGUUGUGGAUGCUGUAUCCACAAACGUUCAGCCUAAUGUAUUUUGAUGCCACAUUAUAGUCUUACUAUUGCAGAAAUGCCAGAAAAAUAUAAUGAUAUGUUUGGUACAUGCUUUUCAAAAUGACUAAUCACCUGCUGCAUAGCUGCCUUGGAAUUGCUUAAUAUUGUUAUAUGUGUUUUUGGUACUAAUUACUUUGUCUUUGAAUACUUAAUACUGUUAUCCGAUGCAGCACAGCAAAUGUUGUUGCAUAAUAAUGGCAUGCUAAUAACAUAUCGACCUACAAAAAUGUUAAUAAAAGAGAAUAAAAAUGUCAUGAAGAUAUCAUGUAUUUACAGUCUUCUCUGACCAUUUGUAUUAAAGUGUUUUACAAAUA